AUGACUUCCAAGACGUUCAAGGAGAUCUUUCCCCUCGACACCUCGGAUGACACCGUCUCCGAUCUUUCAGGUACCCUCUUUCCAGACCUCAAGGACGACUCGUGGAUCAGCACUGAUAACGAAGCUGGCAGACUUGUGCGCCGAACCUAUACUUAUCCUUACGAUGCUACGCAAACACGUGCCAAACGCCGUCACGUGAGGUUCUGGGACGAGGUCGAGCCCGAGGAGCAACCGCGGAAAGACACUCCGAUCGCUUUUGUCGAGCUGGAGAAGCCUGAACUACUUCCGGAUCUCUUGGCGAAAAAAGAAGCAUUUCUUGGGACUCAGGAGCUGGAAGCUUUGGGAGACACUGCUUCAGAGGUCGACAUUUCCAUCGAUCUACCCUCCUCCGUGAUCGACUCAGACGACGACCCGCUUGGGAUGAAUGAUCAAACCAGCCCUUCGCAAGGAGAUUCCAGCUUUUCUCAGCCCUCUCAGGGGCUUUCAACAACCUCGCAGCCGCUCUUUUCCCAGCCAACUGCUAGUCAAGGAACUCAGUCGCUGCAGACAAGUACACCUCAUCGUGAGAUUCUAGCUUCACAAGUCAACACGAGAAAGCUCAAGUUCUCCUCAUGCGAAUCAUCCCCAGGAACCGAGCCUCAGAGCCAGAGCCAAGAUUCUUUUAGAGCUUCUGUCCUCAAAGAAAUCACUUCGAUCAAAAACCAGCUUCUCAAGCUCCAAGAAUCCAUCCUCACCCAUCCUUUCCCAAAAGAAUAA